AUCUUAUUAGAGUCCCCCAUGCUAUAUAAACCCAUCGUGCCAGCAUGCCGAGUAGUUACGUACUGACUUUAUUCACAGUCGUGCGCCGGAGAGUGCAUCGACGACAUAACAGCGCAGCAUAAUACAUUGCACAUCCUUGCGCGUUGAUUGCUCUACUAAAGGGUUGUCUCGUUGUUGUUUCCGCUAGCGAGUACGCGAGUUAGCGUGGUUCCAGCACGUCGACCUGUAUCACCUAGUGCGGCCGAAAGAUGUAUUACUUGCAGCUGGUGGUGCUCUGCGUGACGGUAGCCAGCGUUAUUGGUGAUCUACCACCGGGCACGCGACGCAACACUUAUCUGCCGCCAGAGCCGACGAAAGGCGGUUACACAUACAGCAAACCAACGGUACCAUUCCCGAAGCCCACGCCGACGUUUCCUUCGCGUCCGACCCCGAGCUUCCCCGGACCCAGACCAACGCCGUCGUUCCCCGGACCCAGGCCGACGCCGUCCUAUCCCGGACCCAGGCCAACGCCAUCCUUCCCUGGACCUAGACCGACGCCCACUUAUCCAGGAACCCCAGGAACCUUCCCGACACCGUCGCGUCCGACACCAACACGUCCCUUCCCGGACUAUACCGGCCAACCAAGCGAUGGUGACGGAAACGUUAUCGGUCAUGAUCAUCAUCAUCACGAGCCUGGUAUGCCCUUCGACUUCAACUACGCCGUGAAGGACGACGCCUUCGGCAACGAUUAUUCCCACAAUGCCAUUAGCGACGGCGAAAUCGUCCGCGGUGAAUACAAGAUACAACUUCCGGAUGGUAGGACGCAAGUUGUACGAUACACCGCGGAUUGGCAACACGGUUUCAGCGCACAGGUCUCUUACGACGGGAAUAUUCGCUACGACAGACCGGGUGGAAACUUCAAUCGAGGCUACUAGCUUUAGCGUCGGGUUCUAGGGUUGUUCAAUUUCUGUUAAAUCGAAAAGACUACAGAGCACAACGAAUCGUCGCAUAUACCGUAUGUAACAAUAUUUUUAAAGAUAUUGGAGAUUAGCAGGGAUGUAUCGUGAAAAUAUGAUGGCUUACGUAGAGGACAAAUGUUCGCUAUAUAUUUCUUACUACGAUACCGACAAUAAAUCCAAAACGUAUUCAGCGUUUUAGAAUUCACGAAAAGUUCACACAUAACGUCGUUCCUCGCGAAACCUUAAAUUAAUCUUCCCCCCCAAAAAAGGCGAACAUACGAUUUUUCACAACUUUUCAAUGUUUCGAUGUUUCGAUAUAGACUUCGAUAUGUCGUCCGAUACUUUAACGUUAUCUAAAUCAGUACUUUAUUUAAAUUCUACUUCUCUUCGAAGUAGAACAGUGAUUGUAAUUGUUUAAUUACAAUCUUUAAUCGAGAAAUUGAGAAACUUUUCACAGCUCACAUCCGAGAAAAAUUACUGAUAGCAUGUAUUGCUAAUUUCAAUAAACAAAUUAAAAUCUAUUUUUAACAUAACAUUUCGUAAGGAAUAGUGCUAUGUAUUAUAUUCAAGCAAUUUUCGAAUUUUAGACAAUCUAUAUAUCAGUGUGAUUCAAUUUUCUGCCUUCUGUUUACAGCACUUAAAGAAAGAAUUUAACAAAUAACACAAAAUUAUAAAUUAUAUUAUGAAAUAAAUUAAGAAACGUACUUAUUUUUCAUCUGUGAUACAUAAUUAUUAUAUUAUUAUUACAUUUUGAUCGCGAACUAAUUUCAACAGCAAAUCGUGCAAUUGUUGCAAUCGUGAGAAAAGUUGGACCACAUUGAUAUAUAAAUUUCCUACAUAUUUUAACGUGCAAUAAAAUCGUAUUGUUUAGCACUGCUUUGUGAUAAAAAUUAUACAGAAGGAAAGAAAAUAGAUAUAGAAUAGACAUAUAAUACUCUACGUUUAUGCUAUUCUGUCCUGCUUUGUGCACUAAAAUCUCUUGUUUUGUCUUCAAUAUUUGAAGUUAUAAUUUAAGGUUCUAAACAAUAUUAGUGUAUAGAUAAUUACCAAUAUAAUGUAAAAUUAAUUCACGAUUAAACUAUGUAAUGACAUAACUAUAAACAAUCAUAUACUUAAGAAAAAUUCACUUACAAUAAAAUUUAUAAACGAUA